CGGAAAUACAAGCGCGCUAGGCGAUGUGGAGAAAAAAGAGUGACUUGAUGGGGAAGAAGGAGGGAAAGACAUCAUCACAAACAACCAUCACAUCAACAACAACACAUCAUGUCAUUCACACAAAAAUCAUCAAAUAAAAACUUUGGAGGAGAAUUACGAAAGUAUAGCUUUAAAUCCAAAACAUUGGGAGAUUUAGAGACAAAUAUAAACGUAUUCUUACCUUCUGAAGCAGUCUCAGGUGGAAAAAAGGUACCAGUCUUGUAUUAUUUGGCCGGUUUAACUUGCACGGAAGAUAAUGGUGCACAAAAAGGUGGAUUCCAACAAGAAGCUGCAAAACAAGGUAUCGCCCUAGUCUUCCCUGAUACAAGUCCACGUGGCGCAAAGAUUGAAGGUGAAGAUGAUUCGUAUGAUUUCGGAUCAGGUGCUGGAUUCUAUAUCAAUGCAACAAAAGCACCUUGGAACAAAAAUUACAACAUGUAUGACUUUAUCACAAAGGAACUCCCAGAAGUCUUGAAAUCGAACAACCUUCCGCUCGACUUAACAAAAGCUUCCAUCUCUGGUCAUUCUAUGGGCGGUCAUGGAGCUUUAACGCUUUAUCUCAAAAAUCCAUCCCUUUACAAAUCCGCUUCUGCUUUCGCACCUAUCUGUCAUCCAACAAAAUGUCCUUGGGGUGAAAAGGCAUUCUCAAACUACUUGCAAGGUGGCGUUGGAGAAGGAAAAGCAAACGAUGCAACCGAAUUACUCCUUCAAGCCGGCGGUCCUGAUAAACGUAAGCUAAACAUCUUGAUCGAUUCAGGUUUGGCAGAUAAUUUCUACAAUGAUAAACAACUUCUUCCUGAAGAUUUCGCAAAAGCUGCAAUGGAUCAAGGAUACACCGAUGAACACAUCACAAUUCGCUUGCAAGACGGAUACGACCAUAGCUACUACUUCAUUUCUACUUAUGCCCCAGAGCAUGUAACCUACCAUGCUAAAUUCCUCAAAGCCUGAUGUGCUUCUAGGCAAAUCACUCACUUCCAAUACCAACUUUGUGCAUUCGCUAAUGCGAUAGAAUGUCAUUUCUCUUGAUCGC